AUGAGUGGAGCUUCUGGGGAACCUCUUGUAAAUAAUUUUAAGACUCCAUCCUGGGCCGGUAAGCCACCACCCGGUGUGCACUUAGAUGUAAUGAAGGAAGGAAAAUUAAUUCAGAAACUGUUAAUGGAUGAGAAGCCCUGCUACUUCUUCGGUCGCAAUCAUCAACUUUGUGAUUUUCCAAUCGAUCACGAAUCCUGCUCUCGAAUUCACGCAGCGCUAGUUUGGCACAAGCAUCUCAAUAUACCUUUUCUUAUUGAUCUUGGUAGUGUCCAUGGGACGUUUAUCGGUUGCAUACGUUUGGAACGUGAUCGUCCUCAAAAAGUUGCUAUUGAUUCGGAAAUUCAUUUCGGUGCCUCCAAGCGGAUUUAUAUCAUCCGCGAGAGACCAAAUCAAGUAAACGGUUCUUCUAUCAUUCGAAACGCAUCAGAUGAUCCGAAUUCCUCUCUUCAAGACGGGGAGAGUAAUUUACCCAAAGGAGAAAAUGAGUUGGAACAAUUGACUCAAUUUAACACUGCCAAGAAUAGGAAGAUCGAAGUCAUUACUGAUAUUAAUAUGCCAACCCCAAUUUCCAAACAAGGUCGCAGGAACUCCUUGAAUCAACGCCUUAGUGUGCAUUUUAGUGAAGUUCUUGAAGAAGUUAUUAACCCAGAAGAUGUGGACCCUUCCAUUGGUCGUUUUCGAAAUCUUGUCCAGGAAACCUUCAUCCCAUUCAAAAACAAGCAUGAGGGUGCGGAUAUUGGUAUUAUCGCACCAAAAUCAGUUACUCCAGCUCCCGGAUCGAUCCCUCGAGAUGAAGAAUCAUCUAAUGAAGCUGAUGAAAAGUUACCUUCCAUGAGUAAUCCUAGUUUCUCACUAGCUGCAAAAUUGGGUCUCCCUAUGCCCAAUCUUGCACCGGAUAUUGAUUCCUUAGAACCGGUGCCACUGCCCUCUCUUCAUCGAUCUAAAAUUGUUCCCACUCCAAGAUUAUCCGCGGAAGAUAUUAUGGGUGGACCUCUGUUGACGUCCGGUGAGAAACGGCGGAAUUCAGAGAGUGAGGGUGCAGAUGGUGAAGUCCCAAAGAAAAAGAAGUACGCAAAGGAAGCUUGGCCCGGAAAACGCCCUGGCUACCUUGUUGGUCCCUCUGCUUCUUGA